UGUUCCUUGUGCCUCUUUUGUUGGUGGUGUAUUUGUAAAAACACUUUCUAUCAUCUUUCACAGCAGUGACUGGAUUGAGUUCUAGCUGAACUUUUGCCUUCCUAAUUUGUUCUCUACAUGACAUCUCACCAUCCCUAUAAAUGUUGAAGAAACUACUUGAUAUGACACUUCGUGCUGUGGUUUGGUUGGCACAGCAAUGUUUGGUUGAAGGUUGAUGAUCUUGGAGGCCUUUCUCCAAUGUUAAUGAUGCUAUGAAAAGAACAGAAAUAUAAAUGGAGCUUUAUCCAGUCCACAAGCACCACCACAGCUUUGCACUGUACUUGGAGUGUGGCUGAAAUCUCAAAACUAUGCCAGUAUCUCUUGGGCUGAGUGUGCCAUUUAAUUCUCUCCUCUCCUACAUUCCAUACAGCCAAGGGGGCUGAGAAAUACCUUCUGUUCCAGUUAGAAAGAGGCAAGAUAAAUUGAAAUAAAAAUGCAUAAGCCUGUUUCAGCAAAAUUAACCAGUUUCCAUUUGUCUAAACAUAAAGCCUGGAUCUACAGCUUCAUAUUCCUGGUACACAGUGAUAAACCAAGUACAAGAUGCAAGCUUACCAAUGCUAAACAUCAGCACUGUAGGAACCCAGGCUCAUUCUGUCUGUGUGGUAAUAGUCAUGGCCAUGAAAUAUGGGUGAACAUGUUAGUCCUGAUGUUAUGUCCACAUAAUGUGUCUGAAAGCAAAUGCAGUCAUGAGCCAACUCCAUCAGAAACCACAUUUUGUUUGGUCACCUCACAAUCAAAACCAGGCAGGAUAUGACAAACAGCUUUCCCAUUACUAGAAGUGUGACUACAGAGGGUUAAAAAUGGGGCAGUGAUAGUGACAGGACCUCUUUAGAUGUUUUCAAUUACUGCAUGGUGUCAAUCUUGCCAAAUAACCACAUGAUUUGCAGGAUUUGCAAUGGAAAUGAGGUCCAUAGUAAAGAAAAAUAUUUCCAUUUCCUUAGUUCAGAGCAGGUACUACACCUUAAAUACCAGGGGAGAAUUUGAUCACUGCAAGUUAAUCAACAUAUUCAGUCAGCUCCAUAGGUAACUCGCUGCUUCAUCUGUGCUGUGCUAGCACUUAAUUCACAUUAGGAGCUCUCUAAUGCUCUCUCUGCUGCAGCAAAAACAACUCCUGCAAGAGCUGUGUGCAACAAUUCACACAGAGCCAGGUGUCGGUGGGAAUUAGCAGGAGCUCUGUGCUUCCCUAAUGGAGAUUUAAGCAGGCUCAGCUUGCAUUACUCAAAGUCAGAAGACAAGAAUCACUCUGUGGCAGUCAGCUCCUAUCAAGUCAGUUUAGAUACACUCCCAGCCUGUCAAAGGAGGUUUUUUCUAAGAUCAGCAGUCUUUGCUGAUGACACCUACAUUAUUACAGUUAUGGUUGGUUUGCCCUGCUCAGGGCAUGCAGAACCUGAUGUGUUUGUCUGGUACUUAUGUGGCUUCAUGCAGCAUAAUCUGCUGUAAAUUUAGUCAUGAAUUAGUGACAAUUAAUGACCAAAUCUGUCAGUCAGAACAGAUGAAGAAAGAGGAGAAGCAGAGGCAGCACAGGCAAAAAGGGCAACAGGUCUGUGAAAUCUGGUCCUCCAAUCCUUUGAAAGCCACAACCUGAUUUUGUAAUCCUACCCUCAGUAGCACACAGUUUCCAGGACUCAUCCUUUGAGACCAACAGGUUUCUCUAUACCCUUUGCCAUGUUUUGUACCUCCAUUUGUUCAGAUUUUCACAGCUCAAUUAGACAAAACUGGAAUAGUGAUGAUGAUCUUCUGAAAGGGAGCUUGGACAAAACAAUUUCCAGAGUCCUUUUCAACCAAAGUAUUUUUAUGAUUCUCUGUUCAGCAAGAAGCAGAAAAGAUAGGAGUAAUGAGAGUCCAGAAACCCUUUCAGGUUUGUAUGUUAUUCCUCUUUGUUGAACCAGUGUUAUACACAGAGAAUAUGCCCCAGGGAGAGAAACUGCAUUCACCAUACCAGCAGUCUAUAGAUCCAUCCUGAAUCACAGACAAAUGGUUUGUUUUUCUAAUUUACCUCCUUAAUUGGAGUGACCCCAGGGAGAACAGCACAAGAAGGAGGUUUUAUCCCUCCAAGUAUUUUCAAUUGCUCUGCCUUUCUAGAGGUCUAGAGGACAAAGAGACCCUGAUCUCCACAGGGCAUGUUCUGUGACACACACACAGCUGCCUGCAGAGGUCUGGGGGCAAACCAUAGCACCACUGCUUGUAGAUCAGAUGAGAGCCAGCACAGCAAUCUCUUCAAACCAUGACCUAUCUCAAAUCUAGCAAAUAUUCAUAGAUUAAAGCUGAUAUGUCCUGUGUUUAAUCCCUUCAGCUAUACAAGGCCCGAUUGAAGUAACUAUUGACAUUUCUUUCAAUUUGGAGUUGUUCAUCCCUAUUCUCUACAAAUUCCUCUGCUGAUCCUCAUCUUCUCCCAGCCUCUUGCUUUUCAGUCAGUCCCCAUACUCUCCAUACACCUUUCCAUGGUUCCCUGAGCUCCCUCAUCACUGCUGCAGGGCCCAGAGACCAGCAGAGUGGUCAUAGCAGCAGUACCUCCUAACAUCUGUCACACACAGCUGCUGCUGCUGCUGGCCCAGGCUCCUUCUGCAGCAGAUCCCAAGGCUCCUGCCUUACCACCGGCUGCCAAAAAGUGGAGCCAGUUCCCUUAGAGGACUUUUCAUUAACUCCAUCCCUAGGACAGUCUCCACAGGCAUGAAGCAGACAUUUCACAGCCACAUUCCUGCCAGCAGCAGGGGCAGUUACAGGGUGAAAAGUGAAUGCUUUCACUUUGUUUCCAGCUUUUUUUUCCAAUUGCUUCCUGUUUCCAACAGCUUCCAGCUUUUUUAUAUGAGGAAAUGGGGGCACAGCAGUAGCUGGAUCUUAAUGAGAGUUGGACUGCAAAGACUAAAGAGGAUUUUGACAGACUGAAGUGUUCUCUGUGAGCCAGCAACUUGGGCUACUGAGAUUACUAAUUUUCUGCCACUGCCUUCCUAAGAGGCUGUGGGCAAGCACAGAAGGUGUGCCUCAGUUUCUCCAUCUCUAAAAUGGGGGUAAUGGCUUCCUUUGAAACACUUUGACAAACAUUGAUGAAAAAUAGAGAAAUAUUGUUAGCAAUAAGAAAAAAAAAAUAUUUUUCUCUAAGUUUUUUCUAAGUAUGACUAAGAGUCAAAACAAAAUGAAGAGGGGAAGUUCCAAGGAAUUACUGUUCCCCAAAAGCCCCUCUUACCCCAGGGUGCAGAAAAACCUUGAAAAUCCCUAGGAAUGUAUUUGAAAGGAAAAGAGUGAAUCUUAUAGUGAGAAGAUUGCUUGUGCAAGAAAAGAUUAAUAUUUCUAUUUUCUUCUACUUCUUACUUUUAUCCUUGUAAGAAUCAUAAUCAUCAAGGACAAAUUACACAAUUUAAAAGUCAACAGUGAGGAAUAUUACACCAGGAGCAUCUUAAUGCAAGUCAGUGCCUCAAUGCAAAGCAAAGCAAGUGGAGCCCAUUGGGAGCUAAUGAACAACAGUUUUGUUCUAGUUAGGGGGCAGCUGUCUGCAUAAACAAGUGACUAACCCUCUCCCCAUUUGGGUUAUACAUCCUGCUGCUCAACUCCAGCCAUUUGGUAAGAUGUACAUCUUCAAAUCCUCAAAACUAUCUUACACUUUGGGUGGUUACCUUGAAUGUGUGUGGGGUACAGCUUUUAAACAACUUCCCCCUCAAGAGAAACCUUUUAGGUAUUUAUAGCACACAAGGGGAAAUAUCAGGUCUUCUGAAACAUUCAUUCCCUGUUUAUAGUAUAAUAGUGACCAAUAAAUGAAAUUCCCAUUACAAAGAAAAUCAGGUUUUUCAAAACAAGGUAACUCCAUAUCAGUCCAUUAGAAAGCCAAGCAGUGAAAAAUUGGGAGUGUUUACAUGAUCCAAAUCACACAGGUUAGAUACCUUUAUAAUCAGGCUUAAAAUUCUGAAUCCUGUGCCGUCAAAAUACCGCUUCUCUUUCAAGGCUGAUGAGAAGUGUGCCUAUUUUUAGCAUGUCAGUAGUCAGAUAAAAAAGUGGAAGUCUCUAAUGUGGUGGUCCUCAAGCAUCAUCAGCUUUCCCCAUCAAACAAAAGCAGAGCACUGAAAACAGCUGUAGAGCACUGAAAAGAGCUUCUCAGUUAAUUGCAAGUUUACUGAUUCAACAGGAUCAUCAAAUUGGGCUGAUGUACUGAGUCAGUCUCUGUUCCCUGCCCUGCCCAAGAGGUGCCAGUGCAAGUUCUUGUCUGGCUGCAUUGAGAUGUGUGUUUAUUUGUGUAUUCACAGAGGAGGGGAGGCUGCACUUUCUAAGGAGAAAUUUCACACAGAGAUUUAUUUUUUUUUAAGAUAUACCCACAGGCUCAUGUGAACAUUAUCAGCAAUAGCAGGAAAAUGGGACCGGGACAAGCCAUGGAGAGUCUGCUAUCAAGCAUGCACUGCUCAAAUCACCACAAAACAGUGACAAGAAGAUCUGUUCCCAAGGUGAACAAAUGCAUUCAAGUUAAUAUGGACUCUGAAGAGGAGAACCCCAGUGCACACCUGAGCCUUUCUCCGACAGCUGGCCUUUCUGGGAGGUCAGAGCAUUGUCCAGGGAACACAUCACCUUCUCAGAAAGACAUUUCCUCUUCCUCCCAUGAACAGUCUGUCAUGCCAGCUCUGCUACCACAGCUGCCUGCACCUCCACCCCUACCUCUUCCCCCUGUUUCCAUGCCUGGCAUAAAUGCCCCAUCACUCCCAUCUCCUCAGCUCUGCAGCAAUCCUGGGUGCAGUCAUCCCACCUGUGGAUGUGGGGAGCAGCCCCACACUAAGAAGACGCCGAUGGUGAGGAUGAAGGUGCUUCACUGGCAGAAGCUCCCCUCUGAUGUGGUGAGACAAAGCCGCUCCAUAUGGGCUGUGAUGCCAAGCAGCAGCAAGGAGCUUGUGGAACCUGAUUAUGCAACCUUGGAGCUUCUUUUCUCUGUCCCACCAAGGACACAUACAGAGAAAACAGGGCCAAAUAUAAAGAAAAAAGAGAUCACAUUCAUAGGUCCAAAGAAAAGCCUCCUUCUGAGCAUAUUUCUGAAGCAAUUUAAGUGCUCCAAUGAAGAGAUUGCUGCCAUGAUUCAGAAAGGGGAUAGAUCCAAGCUGGAUGCUGAGAUACUGAAACAGCUACUUAAACUGCUGCCUGAAGACCAGGAGAUAAAUAGCCUGAAAUCUUACAAAGAAGAAAAAUCACAGCUGGCAAAUGCAGAUCAGUUUUAUCUCCAUCUUUUGGAAGUUCCCAGCUACCAGUUGAGGAUUGAAUGUAUGCUGAUUUGUGAGGAAACAAAAAUUCUGCUGGAGUGUCUGUGGCCAAAAGCACAAGCCAUCAGGACAGCCUGUGAAACAAUUCUUACCAGUCACCGACUGCCAGUUUUCUGCCAAUUGAUUCUUAAAGUUGGAAAUUUUCUGAACUAUGGACGUCACACUGGAAAUGCUGGAGGUUUUAAAAUUAGUGCCUUGCUCAAACUAACAGAAACAAAAGCAAACCAAAACAACAUUACUCUGCUUCACCAUAUUUUGGAGGAGGUUGAAAAAACCCACAAAGAUCUCCUGCAGCUUCCCAGAGAUCUUGAUGCUGUUUCCAAGGCAGCAGGAAUCCACAUUGAUGCCAUGCAGGCUGAGGCAGGUGCCAAUUUGAAGAAACUGUUGGAAAUAGAGAAACGCUUAUUUUUGUCAACAUGUGAUUUAAAAAUACAGCAUGGAAAAUCUGUGCAAGUAGGUAAUGUGAGUGUGACACAUUUCCCAUCUUUCUUCCUAAACACUCUCUUCUUAAAGGCACUGUGAUUCAGGUUACAACUGGACAUUAAGCCCUGUGGGAAAGGGGUUAUUAAUACACCCCACUGUGCCCUGAUGGAAGAAUUAUCCCAGAUUUUCCUCCAUUUCUGUGAUGUGAUACUGGGAUAUGGAAACAGCUGAGGACUAGACAGAUUUUUCUGUGGGUUAAAGAAAGGAAGGCCCUAAAAAUGAAAUGUAGGCUGCAACUAUAAAUACGUACAGUGCAGCACAGAAACAUGUUUUGUCUCACUGUGCUUUGUGGGGAAAAAGUGGAUAGAUUUGCAAUAUGCUUCCCCCUCCCCCCAUAUUUCCUAACAUCCUAGCUUUUCAUAUUCUCAGGACAGGUCACUUAACUAAAACUAUAAGAUAGAAAUCCUGGUGCUGCAUGUCCCU